AUGUCGGUCAGCUGGAGGCCACAGCGGCACCUGCAGAUGGUUCAGACAGCUCUGAAGGUCCCAUCAAGGAAACAGGCAAAGUCAGCCUUGGAAUCCAAGGACGAGGCACCCACAGGACAAGCCCAAGAAGAGGCCCCUGGCCAAGAGGUGGCUGAGUCUGUUCUGACCAGAACAGGAGUGGUGACGACAGAGUCAUCCACUCCAUCCACAAGUCCUGCCGAUUCCGCCUCCAGUUCUGUCCCUCCCCCUGGUGCCUCUGCCUCUCACCAGGUCGACCACAGCAGCAGCUCCCUAACUGGUCCUGUCUUCCAGACCCUUCUCCUGCCCUGCAGCGACCAGGGCGACCUUAAAACGCAGAUCUGCCUAAAUGUCCUUCCAGGAGAGUGCCUUGGGGGCCCACGAAGGAGAAAUCCCAACGGGCUCGCAGUCAGACAAGCAGAGGGUGAAGGGCGCGAACCCGGCGGCUCUUCAGACACGAGUCAGGCCGAGCGGCUCCUCUCCGGGGACAGAUUGGGCGGCGCUCCUGUCUGCAGCUGCUGCACCACCAGGAGCUUCUCGUCUCUCAACCCCGAUAAUUAUAGUCCCCGGUGCUCGGUUAACACCCGUGUCAUUGCAGGGUGUUGGAACAAGCAGACUCUUGAGAACCUGUUGCAGGAUGGCGGCCAGUGCUUUGGGGGAACUAUGGCUGAGCAGAAAGGGGGAAAAGUCGACUCUCAAAACCCCGGCUCAAACCUUCACCUGGCGGGACCCGGGGAAACUCCGACCAGACCCCGACUAAACCGAGAUCAGGCCCAGCCCUUCGACUGUCAGUCGCGGGGCGCGCUCUACGGCCUCGGGCCCCGGCCACGAGCCGCUCCGACCCCUGCCUGCCCCCGGAGGGAGGCCGGGACCCCUAGCCCGCGGGACUGCGCGCCGCCCCCUCCCCGCCGGUCCCGACGAGCGCCUCGCUUCCCCUCCCCCCUUCCCGCCUCCCCAGUCAGUGUCCCCGCCUUCCCCGCGGGCGACGGGCGGCGGCGGCAGCAGGAGGAGCGGGCCGAGCCGCGGCAGCCCGGUCCUUGCGCGCUGGGAUGUAGCGAACCAGAAGGGGCAGAAGCUGCGCGCAGAGCCGGAGACACAGCUGGAUCCGGGGCCCCGGUCGGAGUGAAAAUCUAA